AUGAAAGUGUGUGCCUUUGUGUGUGUGUAAAUCUAAAAGUUGAAUUUUACUAACUUACCACAGCUAUUUGUUUACUUUUUCUUCAACUUGACAAACAGCUGUUCGAUUGAGGGCAAGCAACAACAACUAGCUGAUAAAAUAUAAACAAAAAUAAGAAGAAAAAUUUUGGCGCGUUUGCAACGACGUUGACAGAGGCGUUGGAAACGUCAACUAAACGUAAACGUCAUCGUCGUGCGUAGUGACUGAACUUUUGGAGGGAAAAACUCUUGUCAGUUGAAAUUUGAGCGGGAUAACUCACAGACGUGUGCUAAGCAAGAAAGCAAACAGACCAACCAGUCAGAAGUCAGUCAGUCAUUUGGUGAUUAUUACUUAUCAUACACAUGCAUAAAGAAAGAAAAAAAGAAAGAAGUGUUUUAAUAAAUUGGAAAUAAUUAGAAAUUACCUUAACAAAGAAAAACAAGACAAGUAAAAACGCUUUUAAAAGAAUAUAAACUAAAGUUUUAAAAUAAAUAUAAAUAAUUAAUAAAAAGUAAAAAAAUUAAACAAAAUGGCUCAACCUUCAAUAGCUGCCUUUUUUAAUACCAGGAAACGUGCUGCGGCUGAAGAUGUGGCCAGCAUUAAAAAUAGACGUCUUCUGGAUACAACAGAACCAACUAAACAAAAUAACACAACAACUGAUGUAACUAACAAUGAACCUUCCUCGCAACAACAAUUGCCAGAACAACAUGAUGAUAUUGCAGCACUUAAGAAAAUGGGUAUGCGUACCCGUUCAACACGCUCUGCUGCAGUGGUCAAACGUAUUGGUGUUCAGGAUCCAGCACAAAUACCCGACAGUGGUGUUUCACCCAAGAAAAUGUCCAAAAUUGAGGAAAGCAUUAAACAACAACAGAAAUUAGUGCAAUUUAUACAAAAGGGACCCUUGUCGCCCCGUAAAAAGGCCACCGCUACACCCAAAACAAAUACAAGACAAAAAACUAAUGAGUUAACCCCCUCUAGUAACUUAAUUACAGCCUUUACCUCUAAAAAUAAUGCCAAUAAUAUGGAGAAGGGUUUAAAGACACCCACUAAACAAAUUAUUAAAGGUUCCAAUACUCCCCUCAAACAGGGUGAAAUAAAAACAAUGGUUAAGAAAGAGUUAAAUUUUGAAGAAGUUAAAACAAAAAUAACACGUAGUGCUAAACUACAAGAACUUAAAGCUUCGUUGGCUCGCAUUCAAGAGCUGGAAAAAACACGCAAAGCUCAAGAGGAACGUAAUCGUAAACUAAAAGAGGGUCUACUAUCGCCGGCUAAGAAAACUCCUGUAGUACAAUUGAAAGAAUUCGAUAAAAUUGAAUUGGAAGUUUUGACUAGCCCCUCAAAAACCUUUAAAACACCCACAAAACUACCACCCAAAACACCCGACAAAAAUGAACUUAUGUCGCCACGUCACACUGAUGUCUCGAAACGUGUACUCUUUAGUCCCGCCAAAAUGGGUUCACCUUCAAAAAUGGUCGUACCGCCAGCCUAUCAACGUUUCAUGUCUUUGGCUGAAAGCAGUAAAGCUGGUCAGCUACCUUUACCCUAUAAAUAUAGACAUUUAAUAGAGAUUUUCAAAGCCUUGGACUCAGUUUGUGCCAUGUUCCAUAAUCGCAAGGAAUGCAUAACCUUUAAGAAACUUAAACCGGCGGUACAAAGAAUGAUGCGUAAGAAUUUCUAUGAAACACAUUUGGCACAGAUCAAACAUCUCUAUCCGGAGGCUUUCAUUUUCACACAAAUGAAAAUGCGUAAUUAUGGUUCAGCCUCAAAGGCUGAUUACUUCCAAUUGGUUAUAGCGCCGAAUGUGGAAAAUCUACCCGAAAAAUUAAAACUCAAUAAGAUCGACGAAGAUGAUAUUUUGGCAUCGGCUCAAAAUAAUUCCAUGAAUCCACAUGUUAUGACCGAAAGAUUACAAAAAUUCCAGAAUGCCUUAUUGGAGAAGGUGAAAAAUGAACAUGAUAAGUUCUUGAAAUCACUGGAUCCCCCUCUUUCCAUACCCAAGGAAAAAGUAACACGUUGGCAUCCAGAUUUCGAUUUGGAAAAUUGUCCCGAAAUAGAAUUGGGCCAUUUGCCGCAACCACCAAAUGUUGAGAAAUAUUCAUCGGCCAAGGAUAUUUUGUCAACGGCUAGAAAUCUUUUCAAUUGUUCCACACCCAUGGAAAGGGUAAUGGAAAGAUAUGAAGCUAAAUUGGAGGCCGAUAAAGUAAAGGCGGAAAAUUUGAAGAAUACAGAAAACACUAGUAGUACAGGAGAAACUAGUAAAGCAACAGAUACCACUAGCACAGCUGCAGCAAGUGCAGUAACAAGUAAAACAACAGCAACAACAUCAGCAGCAGCAGAAACUACUAAGGCAACAGCUUCAGCAGCAGCAGCAGCAGAUGCUACCUCUACUCUCUUAAAGGGUGUACCCAAAUCUUUAUUAGAGAAAAUACGCGCUAAACAGGCAGCCAAAGCUUUAGAUGCCAUGACACGUAGACCUUCUCAGGAUCAGGAGGCUACUAAAUAUUCCCGUCUACCCGAAUUGGCACGCCAUUUACGCAAUGUUUUCAUUACCGAACGCAAAGGUGUUCUCACUCAAGAGAUUAUUAUUAAGAAAAUACAAAAUAGUUUCCGUACCAGUCUAACGCCUCAAGAAAUUGAAAAUCAUUUACAACUUAUGGCCAAAGAAGUGCCCGCUUGGUUGGCCUUCCAUGAAGUACGCAAGACCAUGUAUUUGAAAAUUAAUAAAGAUAUGGAUUUAACUAAGAUCAUAGAACGUUUGGAAACAGUGGCCAAUGAGAAAAGUAAAAUGUAGACAACACAAUCACUUUAACACAUGUACUAAUAAACUACUAAUAAUCAUAAAAAUUCUAUAAAACUAAUUGAUUUUUAACAACUACCCCUCCUACCCCCCCUUUUCAUCAACCACACAUUUUACCCUUAUUAAUAUAAGUAAUUAAAUAAUUUAAGUUUAAUAAUAAAAACAAACCUUAACAUUUGAAAUGUUCUCCCAUUUAAUAGUUUUUUUUUUCUCUUUGGACUUGCUUAUUUUUACACUUAUUAUUAUUAUUAUUAUUAUUAUUAUAAUUCCUAGUUCUUAAGUUAUUUGUUAUACAUAUUAGUUAGUAACUAUAAUUAGUAUUUUAAACAUUUGUUUGAUUAUUUUAUUGCUUCGGCGUUUGUCUUACUUCUAUAUUAGAAAACAACAAACAUUUUAAUAAAAAAAAACAAUAAAAUAAUUUACUCCCUCUAUUUGUUAUUUGUUUAUUGAAAAAAAAAAACUCAUAAUAUCAUCACAAUCAGCCAGUAAUCCCCACCCCUCCCCCCUAUAACCUGUCAAUAACUUGUUUAUUAUAUAACGUCAAUUUAAAUUUAUAUAUUUAAUUUAAUUCUAAGUUAUUUACACAAUUUAAACAAACUUCUCUAGUACAAUAUUAAUACCUUUUUUUUAAAAUGAUUUAAAUAAAGUUGCUCAAUAGCAAAAACACAAAAGUCCUGGAGUUAAAAAAAAAUGU